AAGAAAAAAUGGCCUGAUUGAAAUAGAAAUUGAAGUUCGGUGCUUUGAUCGGAGCCGAGUCCGGCGAUGGCCGACGGCGAGAGUGUGAGAGACGACUACGUGGACAUCGACGAGGUGGAGGCGUCGAUGACGCGGGAACUGAAGUAUUACUGGUCGCUGGGCGAGAUCCUGUGCAGCGGAAGCGAAUUCUGCCUCAUCUACAAAGUCCCGGAGCACAUCCGGGAGGCCGACCGAAGCGCCUACGAGCCGAUCAUCCUGUCCGUCGGCCCCUACCACCGCAGGACUCCGUCCCUGCAGGCCGCCGACAAGGAGAAGUGGAACUGUCUGGACUACAUCCUGAAGCUGAACCGCGGAAGGCGGCUGCUGGACUACCUGCAGGCAGUUAAAGAAGUCGAGCAGCAGGCUCGGAACUGCUACUCUGAGGAGGUCAGGAUGGGCAGGCAGCAGUUCCUGCAGAUGCUGCUGCUCGACGGCUGCUUCGUGCUCGUCUCCCUGCAUGGGACGACCGGCAUCGCACCGCCCGCUCCGCAGCAGCAGCAGCAGCAGGGCGGCGAAUUCGCCGCCGACGAGAACGAGCAGACCGGGCAGUGGUACACGAACUAUGUCAUGCAUGACCUGCUCCUGCUGGAGAACCAAAUCCCCUUCUUUGUCGUCCGGCGGAUCUACGACGUGCUCGCGGGGAAGGACGCGGGAGCGGCGGCGCCUGCGGAGGGGAUCGUCGGAUACAUCGAAGACGUGCUGAGCUACUACCCGAGGGCGAUUCGCAGGCCCGAUCGGCCGACGGAGUUCCACCAUUUGCUGCACUUGUGUCACAUGUAUUUCCGGCCGAGCCCGAGGCCGGAGCACGACGAAUGCGACCGCGGCAGCUCCGCGUACUUCCGCCGGUUUCUGAGUUUCGGCCGCAGAUACUUCCGGCUCUGCCGUCGGGACGACGGGAGCGGCGAAAAGUCGGACUGCGAUGGCCAGCAGAUGGACUUGUUGCAGGCCAGCCAGCAGCGGUGGCGGCGGGCAGCGCAGUACUACGAGGCGGGGGUCGAAUUCAGGCGGAAGGAGUUCGACGCGGCGGAACCGCACUCACUGCUGGACGUCGAGUUCCGCGACGGCGUCGUGGAGGUGCCCUGCCUGCCGAUCGACGAGAACACGGGGUCGCUGUUCCGGAACUUCGUCGCGCUGGAGCAGACGUGCCCGCGGUUCGGGAACGACUUCACGACGUACGUGAUCUUCAUGUCGCAGCUGAUCAGCACGCCCGAGGACGUCGCGCUGCUCGCGCAGCGCGGCGUCGUCGUGCACCAGCUGCGCAGCGACAAGGAGGUGUCGACGCUCUUCACGAAGCUCAGCAGGGACGUCGUCUUCGACUUCAACCGCGAGCACUACCUGAAGCGGAUACACCGCGCGGUGGAGGCGCAUUACGCGAGCCGCCUCAACCGGUGGAUGUCGUGGCUGCGGCAGAACCACUUCAGCAAUCCGUGGUUAGGAUUGGCGGCGUUGGCGGCGACUGUCGUGCUUUUCUGCACCGCGGUGCAGACGCUGACGGCAGUCUUCUCGUACGUAAAUCCGCCGACGGACAAUUCCUCCGAACCGGCAAGCUGACAGCUCCAAUCCCAAACUGGUACUGCUGCUGUUUCUUCUGACAUUUCUGUAAACUGCAAAUCAGAAUCCUCUGUACUCAC